GCCUCAUUGAAUUCCAAAUCGUUCAUUUCGGCAUUCGCCGAUAGCGUUCGGAGCGUGAUACGCAUACUACUGCGACCAUUCAUACUUGUACAGCACCUCUACAUCCAAUGAACUCCAACUUUGCAGGUUCCUUCGCACCCUAUAGACCCCCACCAGACGAACAACCGCUUGCAGCGCGGGGCCACUCUCCAAGUCAACCUUCUUCCUCAUCUCGCUUCACCCGACCAUGGUUUCCCACUCAUAACUCCUCUCAACAAGCAUCCGUCUCCAGCUCUUCUAAUGCUGCAAAUAUUGUGUCCUCAUCAUCGUACCAAUCUGGCGCUGUACCAUCGUGGAACACGUCCGCCGCAGGAGGCAUAGGCUCCGAUGACGCAGAGGACCAGCGAAACUUGUGGGAGACGCGGUAUAACAUGCGUGUGGACCUCUUAGCCGCAUUUGCUUAUAUAUUGGGACCUAUAUCUGCACUAGCAUUGCUCAUAUUCGAGACGCACAACGACUAUGUUCGCUUCCACGCAUAUCAGUCGGCGAUGCUCACGACGCCAUUGCUUCUCUUCCGAAUAUUUGCGUCUAUUGUCGGAUUCCCCUCCUUCCUUUGCACCAUUCUCACACUUCUUCUCGUCGGUUCAGCAUUAUUUAUGGCAUAUCAAGCCUACAAGGACGCGACACAGAACGGCCUCGCUCGCUUUCAUUUACCCGGAGUCGGUCCACUCGCGGAGCAAUGGCUACAAGAGGAGUAGCGAAUGCCUGCUUGUAUCCGCUAUAUAGUUUCGUCCUUCACGCGAAUGUGGGAGUAUUAUGACCAUGACAUUUCUGUGUCCGAAGACGGGUUGUUGCUACAGUCGCCCCGCGCCCCGUCCCAAUGUCCCACAGGUAUAGUAAGGUAUGUAGUACAAAAGAGUGAUACAGUCUAGUAAGGAUACAGUGCGAGAAUGAAGAUGAUUACAACACAACAGAUACAUGAGCACGGUCCAGCGCGUGAUGCAGCCAUUGCGAAGAUCGUCAGCGUCGGGUUAUAGGUUGUACAGCGCGAAGACAAAAGGAAAUCGUCCGUUCAAAUCACAAAAUACAAAUAUUGCCAAGCUUCAACGAUGCCAUAUUGCAAGACGCGGUCUGGUAAUCGCCGAUGACCGGGUUGAGGAGAGGGCCGAGCUGAUUCAGAAGGUCGUCUGUGAUGUCCUCCGUGGCAUCGAGAAUACCAUCGAGGAUACACUUGAUCUCGUAG